UCAUGAUCGGGAGUAUGCCAGUGCUUGGAUACCUAGCUCUGGCUGCUGCAGGUCUAGCCGCUUUAUUAUUGUGGAAAAGUCUGAGGGAUUUCUGGAUUCGUCGAGCUGCUCUUUUGAAAUUUGCCAUGACUCUUCCGGGUCCUUCGACGCUUCCAUUACUGGGGAAUGCGCUUCAGUUCGCAGUCAGUCCUGAUGAGACCCUCGACCGAGUCGUCGAGAUCAUACGAAGUAACAAAUCAACAUUUCGCUUCUGGCUGGGACCCAAACUCGUCGUUAUUUUAACAGAUCCUCGAGAUUACCAAACAAUUUUUGCGAGUUCAAAGGCAUCGUACAAAGACCCAAUCUACAGGCUGAUGGAGCCAGCGGUGGGUCAAGGCCUCGUCAGUGCCUCAGGACCGGUGCAUAGGACUCAACGAAAAAUCGUCAUGCCGAUGCUCAAUGGAAAAUCAUUGACGACGUACUUGAAGUAUUUUAAUAUUCACAGCCAUUACUGCGGGCAACUGUUGGGGGACAGAGUCGGAUAUGGAGAGUUUGAUGUUCUUCCUUUCAUGACCAAUUGCACAACUGAUAUGAUGUUCGAGACAAUUUUCGGGGUUUCCGGUGCUGCGCAGAAAGGGGGAUACAAACAGUUUGUACACUAUUCCGAUCGGAUCUACGAAUUGCUACAUUUGCGAAUGUUCAAAGUCUGGUUGCAUCCAAAUUUCAUAUUUGAGAAUACGAAAAUCGGGGAAGAACAGAAGGCGGGGUUGAAGAUAGUUCAUGGCGUUGUAGAUCAGACGAUUUCUAGAAAGAAAAGAGAGCACUCCGCCCUCGCAAGAGGAGCGAUAAAGGCGGACAGGCCAAGAGUAAUGUUAUUAGAGCAGUUGAUCGAUCACAGUAUGAAAAAUAAUGUAAUGAACGACCUGGAUCUCCGGUAUCAAAUCUACACUGUUUACAUCGCCGCUCAAGAUACAACAGCAGUUAUCUCGUCGUUUACGUUACUGAUGCUGGCGAUGCAUCCGGAAGUGCAGAAGAAGGUUCGAGAGGAAGUUGACGAGGUACUUGGCGAGAGUGAGGAUGUGAGAGAGGAGCAUCUUUCUAAAUUGAGGUACUUGGAGAUGGUCAUCAGAGAGACACUGAGACUUUUUCCAAUUGCUCCGUUGAUGGUGAGGAAAACCACUGGACGAAUUGAAUUAGAGAGUUGCACACUCCCUGAAGAUUGCUCCAUCGUCCUCGCAGCCUUCAUGACCCACAGAAGCGAAAAAUACUGGAAUGAACCCGAGAAAUUCGAUCCAGACAGAUUUCUCCCUGAAAACAUCAAGAAGCGGCAUCCAUAUGCUUAUGUUCCCUUCAGUGGAGGUCCUCGGGGUUGUCUCGGGCAGAAGUUCGCCAUCAUUUGCCUCAAGACACUUGUCGCCAACUUGAUCAGAAGCUACAGUUUUGAGACGAGUGAGAAAAUGGAGGAGAUUAAAUUGAAAAUGGAUAUUUCUAUCCGCUCGCGGAGUGGAUACAGGGUGAAAAUAAAAAGAAACUACAGAAAAAAGAAUGAAAAUUGAAUAGUAAGGAAAUUGUAACGAUUU